UUUUUUUUUAUUUUAAAGAUCUUAUAUUUUAUUUUUUCGUUAAAAAUGGCAGAGGAACAAGAAAAUGAAAGAAAAAUACACGAACUAGAAGAGCUUCUACGGGAAAGAGAUCGUCAGCUUCGCGAAACAGAUCGUCAGCUUCGCGAAACAGAUCGUCAGCUUUGCGAAACAGAUCGUCAGCUUCGCGAAAGAGAUCGUCAGCUUCACGAAAGAGAUCUUCAAUAUUACUCACUCAUGGAUGCAAGUUCCACAACUCUGAUGGAUUUGCAGCAACGGACUCUUGAACGGGACUCACUCAUUUGUGAACUGAAAAAGAAGGAUGAACAAAAUGCAUAUUUUAUGCAACAACUUGGUGCUAAGAGCAAAGACUACAAUUGUGGUGGUUAUUCAGCUGGUUCAUCUAGCCACGCACCUCAAACAACCCAGUUUCAGCCAAUUCUUCAAAAUUUUGGGAAUAUUGCUACGACUCGUCCACAACAAUACGGAUAUCAAACACCCACCGAUGUAAUGUGGAGUCCUUAUGAGUGGACUCCUGAAUUUCCUUAUGCUCGUGAAAUUCCAAUUUUUCGUUUUGUUGGUCCUCAGCCUACAGUUCAAGUACCAUAUUCUCAUCAUACAAUUACAACAACUACACAUGCUUUGACAACAAUGCCUUUUUAUUCUCUUGCUGCAACAUCUACCUCUUCACAAGUGACCAGUUCUCAAAAUGUGAUGGGGCCUUCAAAUUAUCCUCAACAAUUUAAUUAUGGAAUGCCUGUUCCUGUUUGUAUUCAAGAAAAUCUAAACGUGGGACCUUGUAGUCAAACAACAUAUAAUCCGUUAACGAACAAACCCUCUCAACAACGAACAUAUGCAACUGAAGAACAGAAGAAAAUUCUUUUGGCGCACUUUGAUUCUGACCCUCAGCCAAGCAAUAAACGUAUUGCCCAAUAUGCAGAAGAAACAAAAUUGCCAUUUGUAUUUAUCGCUGACUGGUUUGAUCGUGAACGUGAGAAAAGAAAGAAAAAUGAAAAGAAAAUGAAGAAAGUUCAUUAA